CGAGUCAGCGCGCGGUUCUACAUCGAGUUCAACUUUCCGGACUUCGCGUGCGAGGACAGCGCGGCCCCGGCGACGGCGUCGGCGGUUUCCCCGCCGCGUCGCACAAGGAUAAGUGCGUGCAAAACAACCUGCGGUUCGUUCGCGACGCCGACGUCGUCCUCAACAACGCCGACUCCCCGAAGUGGGUGGUGCGCCUGACCGAGACGAAGAAGCGCGUCAACGGGCAGUUCGUGAAGUGGCGCGACUACCCGAACGCGCAGCGCUCCGGCGCGGUGUGGUGGCACAGAAAAGUCCACAUCUGGGACGGCUUCGAGACGAAUUUCGUCUUUCAAAUUACGGACCCGUCGCAGUGCGGCGGCGAGGACAAGAUCUGCGACGGCGGCGACGGCUUCGCGUUCGUCAUCACGAACGACGAUCGCCAAGAAGACGCGGACUACAACUCCAACUCACCGACGGCUUGAUCGGCUGCCCCGCGGACGGCUUGGGCUACGCCAACUCGAAGAAGUCUAACACCGUGGAUUACUUCGGCGAGUGGGUAGAGUGCACGAACGGCCUGCGCAAAGCCCUCGCGGUCGAGUUCGACACCUUCUACAACGUCGAGCGAAGAGACCCGAAGCAAGGGAAGCAGCACUGGUGGAUCAACGCGACGGAGUACGUGUCGUACAACGACAAUCACCUCGGCGUCUUCAUGACGACGGAGCCCAAGUACGCGCAUCAGCCGUGGGGCGCCGCGCAGCCCGAGCUCAAGGCGCUGCACAGCGACGACGAGAACGGCGCGCACUUCGGGAGCACGCCGUCCGUGCCGACGAUGGCGGACUUCCAAGAGCACACGGUGAAGAUUCGAUACACCAGAGGGUUCACCACGGAGAAGCAGGGCUCGGGGAAGAUCUCCACGACGGACAUCGUCACGGACGACAAAGACCGACGCCGCCUGAAGGGCAACCAGCUCACGAAGUUCAAGACGGAGCUCAGGACCGGGUUUGAGUUUGGCUACGCCUCGAGGGUCAAGGCGAACGUCAAGGUGAAGCUGAACCGCGACAUCACGUGCGAGGACCCGGAGAGUCGCCGCCCGUGGCGACGACCGGUUUCGGCGACGACGGCGAGGCUUCUCGAGUCAUCAAGAUCAUCGACGACGACGAGGCGAACCUCGAGGACACGUCCACCUCGGACGCGACGAACGAGGAGAAGGAGGUGCGCAUCACGUACAUGAACGCGUUCAACCCGAAGCAAGACUACGACGCGGAUUACAACAUCAUCAAAGAGUUCCCGGGAGAGGUUCA